GCGAAUUGACGAUGAUCAAGACGACGUACCUCGUGCUCUUCAACGUGGCGAGCUGCCUCGGCUGGGCGUACGUGCUCGGCCAGACGCUUCAGCAGCUCUACGCUGACAAGGACGUCGCGACGACGUCCGCGGGCCUCUGGGACCUCAUCGGCGAGCCGCUCAAGAUCGUCCAGACCAUGGCCAUCAUGGAGGUUGUCCACGCCCUCAUUGGCCUCGUGCGCUCGCCCGUCGGCUCGACCUUUAUGCAAGUGAGCUCGCGCCUGUGGCUUGUGUGGGCCAUCAACGUGCUCUGCCCCGAGUCGCGCACCCAUUGGGGCUUUGUCUUGAUGGUCGCGAGCUGGGGCCUCGUUGAAGUCCCGCGCUAUGCGUUCUACGCGCUCAACUUGCUCGACGCGGUGCCCGACUGGCUCUUCUUCCUCCGCUACCACUUGUUCAUGGUGCUCUACCCGAGCGGUGUCACCGGCGAGGUCACGUGCAUGCUCAAGGCGCUGCCGCUUCUCUCGACGGGCGCGUACUCGAUCACGAUGCCCAACACCCACAACAUUGCCGUCUCGCUCUACGUCAUCGUGCUCCUCACGCUUGUUGUCUACGUGCCGGGCCUCCCGGUCAUGUACACGCACAUGAACGUCCAGCGCAAGCGCGCGUACGCCAAGAAGAACGAGACCAAGUCCAUCAAGAAAGACUAAUCUCUCUUCAACACGGGGUUGCAACAUGUCUCGCC